AUGAAGGGACCGGAACCGCCUACAGUUGCGAAGCGACUUACGAAAACACCACCCACACGAGCGCCUGCCGGUCAGCUAGAUACCCUUCAGGAGAACGAUAACGUAAAGACAACAUCAGCAGAUCGAGAGUCAAAGAAUAUGGAUUACUUGGGCACGCCCUUUGAACGAACGGUGAGGACUAGCGAAUUCGAUAUGGCCCUUGACAAGUAUUAUGACGCCAAAAGUCUCAAGUCAAUCAAAUCAGCGCAAUCCGGGCCAUCUGUCUUGAGUUCACAGAGCCCAGGAAAUACGCGAGCACCUGGUCCCAAAUCCACGGAGAAAGCGUUGCGGAAGAUGUCGUCCAGUGGCUCUGUUGGAGGCUGGAGUAAAGAAGCAUACUUGUCUCCAAAAACCUGCGCCUUUCCGAGGCCAAACCGCAAAUCAAACUCGUCAAACACACGCAAGUCUGCCUCGCGGGAAGACUCGGCCGUCGACAAGGGCUUAAUGUCAAAGAAAAGCAGCAAGAGCACAUUGAGGAAUGUGGAUUUAAACAACUCCAGCGUUCUGUGCCUUUCAUCCUCGGAAGAUGAAAGCGAUGGGGAUGAGGCGCCAAGCAAGGGCAUAGGCGAACCUCACAAUCUUACGGCAAGAGACAGCAUCGUCACAUUUGAAGACGAGUUUGACGCAGAGAUCUGUAUGGCCUCCGCCGCGCAAGCCACACGGGCCUCGACAUUACGUCGAGUGGACAUAUCCAACCUGUCCAGCAAGGGUAGCUCACAGAUCCUCCCGAACAACUCAUCUAUGCAUCGAAACCCAUCAAUGUCUUCGGCGGGCAUAUUAUCUUCUGCGACAAAGAAAAACCGAUCUCGUCGGUCAAGCGGCAUACCUACCAUCUCCGAGCCUGAUAAUGAUGAUAUCUUCAGCCAGUUCAGGAAUCCGCCACUAUCUCAAAAGGAACGCGAUAGGAGAAGUCGAGUGAUGGCAGUGACAAGACAGGAAGAACAUCUUCUCGAGGCGAUGAGACAGCGGAAAGGGAAGAUCACACCAAGCAUAUUUCAGCAGGCACAGUAUAACACCAGCCUCGAGCCUGACCAGGGUUCAAUGCUUUCCUCGCCUUCCCGUGACUCUUUCUACGGCUCGCACACCUUCUUGCGAUUAAGUCCGGGGCUGCCACCUCAGCGUCCGUCACGGGCAGAUCAAGGUGCAACCUGUGCUUCUGAUGCUGAACAGAAAACGAUCAACUCAGGUCGCACAAGCGUAGCGUACUCUGAAAGCCUACCAUCUCCCGCUACCAGCGGGGCAUCACCGCUGACCCCGACACUGCCUAUACACCGAUUCUCACCCCUUCCAUCACAGAAACCGCCCCCACGUCGUCCUCCUCCGGCUGUGCCUCACGCUCAGAGAAGGCACUCCAGAAGACGCACAGAUAGCAGCGAGGCGAUUGCCUUAGACGCAGCUGAAGAGUCGGGAGAGGGUAAUGAAUUUCCAAUUUGGGCACUUGACUGGAACCAAGCCAGUCGCAGUUUAGCUGCUGUACACUAG